AUGUUAAAACAAAUGGUAAUAAAAGAUAAAAUCCAAAGAAAUUUGCUAAAAGGCACAGGAUGCGAAGAUGAUAAAUUUUUUGUAAACCCUCAUAGUGGGGAUAAAGCAAAUAUAUUACAAGAAACUCGUAUAUUUUCAAGUUCCCCAUUAAAUGUUCAGAAGUGUAUAAAAAUAUUGACAAAGAUAUUAUAUUUGAUUAAUAAAAAUGAAACAAAUUUAACAUCUCAAGAGUGUACUGAAAUAUUUUUUAAUAUCACAAAAUUAUUUCAAUCAAAUAAUGAAAGAUUAAGAAGGAUGGUAUAUUUAGUUAUUAAAAAUUUACCAGUAAGUGAAAAAGAAGUUUUUAUUGUUACAAGCUCUUUAACAAAAGAUAUGAAUUCUUCUAAUGAUUGUUAUAGAGCUAAUGCAAUUCGAGUUUUAAGUCAAACUAUUGAUUCAAUAUUAGCUGCACAAAUAGAAAAAUAUUUAAAAACAGCAAUAGUUGAUAAAAACCCUUUUGUAUCUUCUUCUGCUUUAUUAUGUGGUUUAAAUUUAUUUAUUAACACAUCUAGUGAUAUUGUAAAAAAAUGGACCAACGAAAUUACAGAAUGUGUAAAUAGCAAACAUCCCAUGAUUCAAUUUCAUGCUUUAACAUUAUUAUGUUCAAUUAAAUAUAAUGACAAAUUAGCUUUAGAAAAAAUUAUUAGUUCUUAUAGUAAACGUUCUUCUAACUUAUCAGGAUCUUUAGCAAACUGUUUACUUAUAAAAUAUGCAGCACAUCUAAUAUAUCAUACAGAAAAAGGUGAUGAUAUUAUAAAUGGAAAUAAUUUAUCUGUUAAUUAUAAUAAUGUUACACAAAAUAUUAAUAAUACAAAUAUACAUCCAACUACUAAACUUUGUUUUGAUUUUCUUAAAUUAUGUUUAAAAAAUAAAGAUCCAAUUGUAUUAUAUGAAGCUAUAAAAUAUAUAAUUGAAUUAGCAACUUAUGAUGUAAAUGGAAAAAAUAGUACUACUAUAUUUAAUGUUGAAAUAUUAACAGAUUGCAUAAAAGUUUGUAAACUUUUUUUAUCAUCAUCUAAAAUAAUUGAAAAAUUUUGUAUAAUUAAAAAAAUAAAUAAAUUAGCACAUUUUAGACCCACUAUUGCAUCUAAAUUAAAUGAAGAUAUAGAACCACUUCUAUCUGAUGAAAAUAAAAAUAUCUGUGUUUUAGCAUUUACAACUUUAUUAAAAACAGGAAAUGAACAAAAUAUUGAUGAAUUAUUAAAUCAAAUAAAUACAUAUAUGAAUAAUGAUAAUAAUAGCUUAUUUAAAAUACAAAUUAUACAAGAAGUUAAGAAUUUAUGUUUUAUAUAUCCAAAUAAAUCGAAAAUUAUUUUAAAUUUUUUAUCAAAUAAUUUAAGAGAUGAAGAAUCAUAUAAAUUUAAAUCUACUAUUAUAGAUACAAUCAUACAUAUAAUAACACAAAUACCAAAUACAGAAGAAAACGCAAUUUUACAAUUAUGUGAAUUUAUAGAAGAUUGUGAAUAUAAUUCUUUACUCUUAACUGUUAUACGAUUUUUAUUAUUGUACAUUCCAAAAACAAAAAAACCUUCUAAAUAUAUUCGUUAUAUUUAUAAUAGAUUAAUAUUAGAAAACUCUACUAUACGAGCAGAUGGAAUCUAUGCUUUAUUUUACAUUGCUUUGAAAUGUCAAAAUAACUCAAAAGAUAUUCUAUUCUUAUUUAAAUAUUUAUUAGCCGAUAAUGACGAUGAAGUAAGAGACCGAACCAAUCUCUUUUACCACAUCCUCAAAAAGAGGGUUCAAAAUGACGAUGCGGAAAAAACAGAAUCAGAUGUAAAAAACGAAUGCGAAAAAACCGAGUCGGGUGACAACUUUGUGAACCAAAUAAUUUUCGAUAAUAACCAUUUAGAUAUCGAAAAAAUAAUUGUUGGAAUUUCAAAUCAUAUACAAAAUGAUGUAGAAACAGAAUUCGAUCACGACCAAAUUAAAGACGAUUUAUUAUACACAACAGAAUUAAGCAAAGAAGGGUUAGGAUUGUCUCAAAAUGUUUAUUCAAAAAAAAAAUCAUCUUAUUUUGAAUCGCAAAAUAAUACAUCUAAUAUCCCCAAAUCUGUUGAACAUCUAACUGAUCAAGCAUAUAUCGAAAAUGUAUCACCAUUUAUUGAAAAAUAUAACAUGGGUUCAUUAAAAUCAAUAACAAAAAAUACACCAUUAACAGAAACAGAAGCAGAAUAUACUGUUUUUGUAAAAAAAUAUAUUUAUAUUAAUUAUAUGGUUCUUGUUUUUACUAUUAACAAUACACUAAAUGAUCAAAUAUUAUCCAAAGUUAAUCUCCAAAUGAAUUCUCAUGAAAAAAAAUGGACCAUACUUGAAAAAACAACUAUACAAAAUUUACAUUAUAAUCAUCCACAAAAUUUGUAUAUUUUACUUAAAAAAAAUAUUCCUUUUAACAUUUUAUUAGAUUCUACUGAUUCAAAUUCUGAAACAAAAAUUGGUUACUCAACUCAGGUUGGUACUGGCGAUAAUGAUAAUGGCAAUAAUGAUAAUGGCAAUAAUGGCAAUGGCGAUAAUGGGGACGGUUUUGAUGUUAGCGAAACAUUCCAAUGCUCUUUACAUUUUUAUGUUAAAGAAGAUGAAAUGGAUGAUGGAUAUCCAGAUACAUAUUCUAUAAACAAUUUAAAUAUUCAAAUAACUGAUUUUAUAAUACCAUGUAAUUUACGAAAUUCAAAAUUUAAAUUAUUAUGGGAUAGUAUGAAUCAAUAUAAUUCAGAAUAUACAAGUAAAUUUAGUUUAAAUUUUGAAAAUAUUCAAUUAGCAGUUACAGGUUUAUUAAAUAUUUUAAAUAUGUCACCAUGUGAUAAUACUAACAUUGUUGACCCAAAUUCAAAUACACACAAUAUAUUAUUAUAUGCAAAAUUUUUAAAUGAAUCAAAUAUAUUGUGUAUGGCAUCUUUAAUAUUUUCACAACAAUAUGGAUGUCUUUUGAAAAUUAUAUCAAGAUCUACAAAUAAAUAUCUUUCAGAAUAUUUAAUUAAAUUUCUGGAAUAA